AUGAUGGUUAUAUCGGGGCUGUCCGGGCUUAUAGCGGGGGCGUGCAGCAUGGCUAUUGGCGAGUACAUUUCGGUAUACGGGCAACGCGACUCGGAGGAGGCGGAUCUAAAAAGAGAGCGGGAAGAAUUUGAGAAGGGCCCCGAAGCGGUGGCGCGGGAGUUGCGCGAGCUGACGCAGAUCUACGUGUCGCGCGGUGUGCCGCACGAUCUGGCGCGACAGGUGGCGGAGGCGCUGCAUGAGAGUGAUCCGAUAAGAGCACACGCGAGGGAGGAAUUGGGCAUCGACUUGGAUGACUUGUCGGAUCCGGGGCAGGUGAGAUUCGGGGCAGCAAUGGUUUCGGCUGUCUCCUUCUUUCUGGGGGGGAUUCUACCCCUCCUCUCAGGCUGCUUCAUUACAGAUUACAAGGCGCGCAUCACUGUACUCGUCGGCCUAUCCACCACGCUCUUUGUCUUUUUGGGCGCGAUCGGCGCGUGGCUGGGCGGCGCACCUCAGGCCCGGGCGGCACUGAGGACGACUGUGGGCGGCUGGCUGGCCAUGGCAAUCACCUACUCAGUCGUGUGGGCUUUCGGUGCUUCAGGUGUUUAG